AAAUGAUGUUAACACUCGGUAUGUACUACGAAUCUUACAUACACAAAGCUCCAAGGAGGGUUGCAUCAGUGACGGGCAUUGAAUGGGUAACAGAAACAUUAUCAAAUCCGACCUCUUGUUAUAACAUGUUUAGGAUGAGUUGCCCAUUAUUUAAUCAACUUCAUGAUCUAUUAGUUGACUCAUAUGGUUUGAGAGCCACUCGAGAUAUGUCAACAGUGGAGGCCUUAGGAAUGUUCCUAUGGAUAUUAGGUGCACCGCAGUCACUUAGGCAAGUUGAGGAUCGAUUUGUGAGGUCGUUGGAGACAAUAAGCCGUACGUUCGACAAAGUGUUAGGCACUGUUCUUAAGCUAGCAGUACAUAAUAUUAGGCCACAGGACCCUGAAUUUAAGACGGUGCACAAGAGAUUACUCAACCCUCGGUUUGCUCCGUAUUUCAACAACUGUAUUGGAGCUAUUGAUGGGACACACGUUCCAGUCGUGGUGCCAAGUGAAAAGGUCAUGCAAUAUACAAACAGGCACGGGUAUACCUCACAGAAUGUGUUAGCUAUUUGUGACUUCGACAUGAGGUUUACAUUUGUUGUUAGUGGAUGGCCAGGAUCGGUCCAUGAUAUGAGAGUGUUCAGUGAUGUCAUAGAAAAAUACGGUGACAAGUUUCCACAUCCUCCUACAGGCAAGUUUUACCUUGUUGAUUCGGGGUAUCCAAACCGUCCCGGUUACCUAUCACCUUACAAGGGUACGAAGUACCAUCUACCGGAGUUUCGUAAUGGUCCAAUGCCCAGAGGUAUGCAAGAGACCUUUAAUUAUGCACAUUCAUCCCUUAGAAAUGUUAUCGAGAGGUCAUUCGGAGUUUUGAAGAUGAAGUGGAGGAUACUGAUGGGUAUACCAAGUUUUCCAAUGCACAAGCAAAGCAAAAUUAUUGUGGCUUGCAUGGCAAUUCACAAUUUUAUCCGAGAGAAUAGUGUUGCCGAUAGGGAAUUUGAUUUGUACGAUUGUGAUGAAAAUGGUGUCCCAAUGCCCGGAACUUCAAACCGCGGAGGAGGUGAGACAAGUACCCAAGUAGAAGAAGAAGAUAGCAACAUGAAUGCAUUUCGAGAUGAAAUAGCUCAUGCCUUGUACAAUAGGUCUAGAUAAAUUGAUUUCAAUGUUGUAAUGAUAAUGUAUUUGUAGUUUAAUUUUGGAGUUGUUGGACAUUGUAAUAGACAUAAAAUUCCCUUCUUAUGCACUGGUGUAUGACUGAAA